CAAGACUCUUUAAUCAGAUAAGAGAGAAAAUCUCUCUAGCGCCCCUCUUCAAGUUGCAACUACUGCUGCUGAAUUUUGAACCAAUCAAGAAACGAUGUAGCCCUUUAGCCAGUCACAGGCGUGUCUAUAUAAAUUCUCAGGGUCCAGCGCUGUAAACGGCGAACGUUUAGAUUCCCGACCGCGGAUAGUGUUAUAAGAAAGUGCGAUUCUGUGUUGCGGGUUAAGGAAGCAUAACCUAUGAGAAGAUGAAGUGUCUCUUGAUCACUGUUGCCUUUGUAGCUUUGUUCUACUGCUCUGAAAGUGUCCUGCAAUGUUAUGAAUGUAAUCAGGGCCCUGAUCCAUGCAAAACUCCGAAGAAUUGUUCAUCAGAGUACGAUACUUGCCUGUGGGUCAAGCUGGGUGAACAAACAAAUGUCUAUAGCUGCUGGAAAAAGUCCACAUGUGAUGUCAAAGAUAUUGAAGCACACUUUCAUAUCGGUACCUUUAAGUAUAAAUGCUGUAAUAAAAACUUGUGUAAUAGCAGUCCAACAACAAUGGCAGGUAGUAUCAUUACACUCGGCAUAGCAUCUGUUCUGACUGCAAGUACAUUGCUUUUCAGAUGAACAGAAAAAGUGACACUUAGCAAAUAGCAUUUCAAAUAUUUGAUAUUAUUGGAAACCGUUUGCAACAAGCUGAAUUUGAGAAAGUGGUAGAAGAAAACUGGAGUGCUAGAGCUAAUGCAUUUUGUUUUACUUGAGACGAUGUAUUAAGCUUUGCAAAGCCAUCUUUAGUUGCAAGACUUAGUAAACUGGAAAGACGUGGACAUCAAAAGGCAUAACCUAGUCUUUUUUAAAGCUUAAAGUUUUAGAAUUCUAAAUUUAGUUCUCAAGUUUACCUAUUUAAAAUAGUUCAUUAAAAUCAAGUGGCUGCUGUGCAUUGCUCUAUGACAUCAUGAUUGGCAGCUACCACCCUGGUGGAAAAUGUCUCCUAAAGUCUUGGGCUGGAAAUAUUUGCUCCCCCGCCUUGCCAUGCUACCUGGAAGCGUUAUCUAGAAGGUUCUAGUGUGAGAUCUGAAGGGCUCCUUGGGCAGUCUUUUGAAUCUCUGCUAAACCGGAAAGUGUAUCCUGUGCUUCACUGGGCCGCAGGAGAGUUACGUUAAUCCUACUGAUAAUUCUUUUUAAAUGAUGUCUCCAUAUCUUAUUGGAACACAUUGGUGGUUUCCCCUUGAGGUAAGGCUUGUGUCUCCAUUCCUGCUGAGGCUGGUGAUACAGCACAGCAGUAACAGGGCUUUCACACAGCAGGUCUCCCUGCCGUAGUCCUCCACUAGCAGCCAUCUCCCCUUCCCUGGGCCACCGAAGCUCUUUCAUUUAAAAAAAAUGGUGAAUGAAUACCAUUGUAUUAAUAUAACAUCAUAACAAUUUGUGUAACAGGUUCUCUAAAUUCCCCUAGCCCCUUUCAUUGUGGUGAUAUUUCCCUUUCCCCUUGUAUACUUUUUAAAAAAUUAAAGCUGAGAAUUCAGAGCAGCUGUUACACAUACUGUGGGCUACAAGGCACCAUGGAUUUUUUUGACAAGUUAAAAUAUUUGUAUUGCUGUUAGUGAUUUUGCCUCCAUGGUUCACUUUACUGUUGCAUAAGUCAUUGUUUGGUUUUUGUACAACACGUGCUUGUCCUAGUUUUGGAGUGGAAUUUAACUUUGGAGGGAGAGACUAAUUUACACAGCAUAUUAGCACCAUGAUGCGCUUGUUCAUGUCUCGGGAGGAGUUGCUUAAAAUGUGACACAUACACCUUGUUGGAUUGUCCAUUAUUUUCUGUUGCAUGUGUAAACUGGCUCCUGAAUAAAAUUUCUCCUGUGCUACAGUA